AAAUCCAAUAAAAUAAACACAAAAAAAUAAUCGAGUGGGAGAAAAAUAUCGAUGGGAAUAGUAGAAGAAGCUCACAACUUGAAGGUGGUGGGAUCAGGGGAGCAGAUCAUCGUGCUCGCCCAUGGCUUCGGCACCGAUCAAUCUCUGUGGAAGCACCUUGUUCCUCAUCUCGUCGACGACUACCGAGUUAUCCUCUUCGAUAACAUGGGCGCGGGAACCACCAAUCCGGAAUACUUCGAUUUUGAGCGCUACUCCAAUCUUGAAGGCUAUGCCUACGAUGUGCUCGCCAUUCUGGAAGAGCUCCAAGUUCAAUCUUGCAUCUUUGUCGGUCACUCGGUUUCCGCCAUGAUUGGCGCCAUCGCCUCCAUCACUCGGCCUGAUCUUUUCUCCAAGCUCAUCUCGAUCAACGGUUCUCCCAGGUACCUGAACGACGUUGAUUACUACGGAGGAUUCGAGCAGGAAGAUCUAGACCAGUUAUUUGAAGCCAUGGGAUCGAACUACAAGGCGUGGUGCUCCGGGUUCGCGCCGUUGGCGGUCGGCGGCGACAUGGACUCGGUGGCGGUUCAAGAGUUCAGCAGGACUCUGUUCAACAUGAGGCCGGACAUAGCCCUGAGCGUGGCUCAGACCAUUUUCCAGGUCGAUCUCAGGCAGAUUUUGUGCCACGUCACGGUCCCUUGUCACAUUCUACAGAGCAUCAAGGACUUGGCCGUGCCAGUAGUGGUUUCCGAGUACCUGCAUCAGAACCUGGGAGGCGAGUCCAUUGUGGAGGUGAUGACGUCGGACGGCCAUCUGCCGCAGCUGAGCUCGCCGGAUAUUGUAGUGCCAGUGCUCCUUCGUCACAUUCGCUAUAAUAUUGUAACUUGAAUUAUUGCUCAGUAUGGUCCUCAUGGACCCAGGUAGUUAUCUCUCCCGUUUAUCCUGCGAUCCAUGUGUAGUUGUACUUGUUGUAAUAAGAUUCAGUACCAGGAAUUUCCAUUUUUCUGUUCUUUCCUUUUUCUA